AGCAACAAAAGGCUAUUUUUUGGACAGUGCGAAAAGGAAGCUCUGCAACUUGAACAAAACUGAGAAACGGUAGCGAAUCGAUUCAGCUUACUCUCACCCUGCUGUUUUACUCUGUUUUCAGACGGAGUUAGAAGUUUCUGGGGAGACAUACUCUGUACUGGGAGGAAAUGGGAUGCGAGAAGGAAGCAUCUGAUGAGUGCAAGCAAAACGGCUUCUUGUUUCAUGGAAAGAGGGUUUCUUCUUUCUUUAAAGUGAUGAUCGACAAGAGUUUCCUCAAAAUUCUGUACUUUCCCCCCACGUUUGCUCGAUCAGUUUCACACCUGACUGAUCAGGAAACUUAUCUGGAGGACUCGAGUGGACAGAGAUGGAGGGUAAAAGUAUGUAACCAUAAAGGUUCACUUGCUAUUCGACAGGGAUGGCCUGAAUUUUCAUCUGAACAUGGUCUGAAUCUGGGUGACUUCUUGGUUUUCUACUAUGUUGAGGGUCAGUACUUCCUUGUUCAAAUAUAUGAUAAAAGUGGUUGUCAAAAGAUCAAGUUCUACAGUGACUUCGGCAAAGGGAAAAGAAAAAUAAGGACUUAUCCAGAAGCAACUUCCCAGGUUAAGCUGCUUCAGACAACUGAUAUAAAUCCAGCCAACAAAAGGAGUAAAAUAUCUGCUGUAUCAGAGUCCGAAAAGGUCCCAUGCAAGACACAUAUUACAAAGUUUGCAACUAACAUUGAUGCUGACACUGGGAAGGGACAAUUAGUAUAUCCAGCUGUAUACGUGGACGAAUCGUUUUGUAUGAUUGAUAGAGAUGCUCAAUAUCAUCAAGGAGACGACAGGUUGUGCUUACAUCUGUCAAGUUUUGAAAUGCCAGCAAGCAAACCUCUUGCAGAAGGAACUAGCAGUCUUUUAAAAGCUGACGGUGGAAAUUCUAAUCAUGUUGAAACCAAUUUAAGAUCACAAACAGAACCAAAUUUAGUAGUUGUUGCUGACUACUUAAAUUCAGAAGAAUUGUUGCCAAAGUUUGAGGCUGAAAUCACGGGAACUGAUAUGGUACCAGCGGAAGAUAUUCCACUUUUGAGUCAAAAAGAUCAAAAUGAUUGUCCAAGUGGUAUUAUCUCUUCUUCAUUCUUGAAACGUGCUGCAAAUGUCAACAAAAAUGAUGACGUAUCAAAUGUCACCAAAUACCAAAAUCAUUGGAUGAGUACUGACACUAAGUCUAUGAUGUUGCAAUCUGACAACAAAGAUGGUCGCUGCACAGGCAGUAAUCAAAUUACUAGAGAGAAAUCCAAUGAAGCAUCUCAGUUCGCUAGGGAAACAAGACUAGUCAAGAAAGAAUUUAAGGAUACAGCAGCAACAGCAUAUUAUCCUGCUAGAGCAAUAAGUGCUAGUGAAACAAGACUAGUCAAGAAAGAAUUUGAGGAGACAGCAGCAAAAGCAUAUUAUCCUGCUAGAGCAAUAAGUGAUUCAGGAAAGGAGCCAGCAAAUGGUAAUGAAAAAGUCAUCAAAUGUGAGCCUGCUGAUUCAGGAGACAUGCCAUCUCUUACGGCAGUCAGCUAUUCAUGUUUGCUGGAGGUCGAUGGUCGAGAUUUUCUGGAAUUACCAGAAUCCUGGCGAAAAUAUUUAAUGAAAAAGGCAAAGCUGGAAAGGUGGAUUAUUUUUCUACGAGGACCGGAUAAAAAAAUCUGGCCAAUCCUCUAUCAUCGCAGAGCAGGUGUUGAUGUUUUGACAAAUGGAUGGAAAAUUUUUGCUGCAGCUUAUGGCCUGAAUCGUGGAGAUGAUUGUCUUUUUGAACUUGAAAAUAAGUGGGAAUGUAUAUUUGCUGUACGCAAAUUGUAAAAGUAAGAUGCCAAAAGAACUACUUGGAGCCAAUUAUCUAGAGCAGUUGCAAGAGGAAUGAAACAGGAGCGAUGCCCAGAUUCUUAUUUAUGGUUUUGAACAGCGUUGUUGCCUGGCUGGGUCAUAACUUGAUUACUAUCAUUUUGAAGUUGCACUGUAUUUGCAACUGUGAUGUUAGUACUCAUCACAAAUUAUCAUUUGGACGUUUGGAUUAUUUUGAAGCUCUCCUCUUUUGAGUCUACUAGCAUGUUUAUUUGAAAAUUUUCUUAUCUGAGGCCAUCCAUAUUGCGGCCAUUGAGACGCGAAAGAGGAAAUAUGUCAAGGGGAUCCUCACUGAUUGUUUCCUCGCCAUAGCUAAGAAAGUUUGCAUUUGUGAGAUCUGUGUCUAAUUACAAGACCAUUGUCGAGCAGCAUCUCUAUAAUGAGAUGGGCCAACUCGGACUCAGGAACUCCUAACCGUUCACUGAGCAUUGUAAUUCUUCGAAGAGAAAAUUCAUAAUCUAUGUCAUUUCAAGGAA